UACUCACAUCCCUCCAGUGUUUGCUGCGUCGCAGUUGACGGCACCGGUCAAGAAGGAGGCCGAUCAGCUAGGACCUACUUUCAUUUUUCCUGACACUUGGCUUUUCAGCAGAGGGGCCCAAGCCGAGGAAAAAGUAGGAUGGGGGCUGGAGCGAGCGCCGAGGAGAAACACUCUAAAGAGCUGGAGAAGAAGCUGAAACAGGAUGCCGACAUGGAUGCAAGAACCGUCAAGCUGCUGCUGCUAGGUGCUGGAGAAUCAGGCAAAAGCACUAUUGUCAAACAGAUGAAAAUUAUCCACAAAGAUGGUUACUCACUUGAAGAAUGCCUGGAGUUUAUUGUCAUCAUCUACAGCAACACCUUGCAGUCCAUUAUGGCCAUUGUGAAAGCCAUGACUACACUCAAUAUUAACUUUGGCCACGCCGAUCAGCAGGAUGAUGCCAGGAAACUCAUGCAUCUCGCGGACACCAUUGAAGAAGGCAGUAUGCCCAAAGAGUUGGCGGACAUCAUUAUACGCCUGUGGAAUGACUCUGGCAUACAGGCGUGCUUUGACAGGGCCUCAGAGUACCAACUCAACGAUUCCGCCGGAUACUACUUGAACGACUUGGAGCGGCUGGUCCAACCAGGCUAUGUGCCCACCGAGCAGGAUGUGCUGCGAUCAAGAGUGAAGACCACUGGCAUCAUCGAGACAACGUUUUCCCUCAAAGAUCUCCAUUUCAGAAUGUUUGAUGUGGGUGGCCAGAGGUCAGAGAGGAAGAAGUGGAUCCAUUGUUUUGAAGGUGUGACAUGCAUCAUCUUCAUCGCCGCUUUGAGCGCUUACGACAUGGUGCUGGUGGAGGAUGAUGAAGUGAAUCGAAUGCACGAGAGUCUGCACUUGUUCAACAGUAUCUGCAACCACCGCUACUUCGCUGCCACCUCCAUUGUACUCUUCCUCAACAAGAAAGAUGUGUUUCUUGAGAAGAUCAAGAAGGCUCAUCUCAGCAUGUGCUUCCCUGAAUAUGAUGGCCCCAAUACGUUUGAGGAUGCUGGUAACUACAUCAAAUUGCAGUUCUUGGACCUGAACCUGCGCCGAGACAUCAAAGAGGUCUACUCUCACAUGACCUGUGCCACAGACACAGAGAACGUCAAGUUUGUGUUUGAUGCCGUGACCGACAUCAUCAUCAAAGAAAACCUGAAAGAUUGUGGUCUCUUCUGAACACCGUGCUAAGGAACCAAAGGAGGGCAGAGUGGUGUUUAGGCCCUGGUCACAUUCCACAAAUCCCCCCUCAAUUUAAACUGAAUACCGAAGAUGAAACCCAUGGUACUCAAACCAGGGAACACAAAAAACAACUAAUUGGUAGCUAUGAACAAAGACUGUGUGUCAACUGAGACCAGAAGUCAGAAAAUCCUGUACCGAUUUCAGACCAGUUGAUUUUAGUCAGGCUAACUUUUCUCACAAGUCUCAUGCACUCCGUAGUAGAGACAUCAAAAGCUGCUUUCAGUAUAAAGUGACUUCUCAAAAUGUACUAAUUUGAACAGAUGUCAGGCUAAUGCAUUUUGGCUCAAUGAACUGGUCAGCCUACAGCCAAAAAGGAAACGAGUGGGCCUCACUACCAGCAGACGUGCUUCAACCUAAUUUUGAAGAACUUGUCAGUAGAAACGGUAGAGAUUAGGUACAGAAGCUCUGCAGCGGAAUUUGACACACAAUUCAUUCAUUUGUUAAAAACACACUUAAGAUUUAAAUAAUGUAACUUUUAUAGUUUUAUAGUUAUAGUUGAAAGGGGCCAGUGUAAAUAAUUACACCGUUUUUCUUUGGAACUGUAACCAUGCAACAAUGGUAGACUAAAUUUAAUUGAACAAACCUUUUCUUAAAAUAUGUGAAUCUACAGGUAUUUGAGCCGAUCAUUGUGUAAAGAACAUAUGUGUAAACCUUGAGAAAACCUAUUAAAGCUUCUGUAGAAAAAUGA